AUGAGUGAAAAGUCCAGAAGAAGUUCUUCCAAUGUAUCAUUGAAAUCAUCCAGCAGUAGUAUAGAAACAACUGUGACGAAAUUGUUAAUAUCAACAAAACAUUUACUACAUGCUUUGACACAGUGGUCCAAGGGAGCAGCAACAGGAAGAGAUGUUUCAGAUGCAUAUGUUCAAUUAGGGAAUGAUUUCAAAGUAGUCUCGAAGUUUUUUGCCCAUGCAAAAGUAGAUACUUCAGAUUUAGGUGACGUGCCAACAGAUUUACGUCGAGUCCUUGAGGUCACCUUGAGGGAGCCUGCCUGUGAUGAAACCUUAAAUAAACAUUUACCAAGUAUAAGAGAAAUUAUUGUUACUUUAUUGGAUAAAUUGAAAGUUAAACAGACGAUAUUAAAAGAUAUGAAACAUGAACAAUUUAUGAGAAUCCGUCACCAACAGACCACUUCUACGUCCAGCAACACAUCAUUAGCAACUGCAUCCACUUCACCGUCCAUUAGUGAUGGAAUUGCAGUAACGAAUGCUACAAGCGAAAAUAAACAAAGGAUCCCAGAUGUAAUGAUUGAGAAAGUUUCAACAGAUAUUUCUAAAAAAGUACCGGACGUAAAUGACGAAACGAUAAGAGUUGACAACGGAAAUGAGAUCAAAUCAAACUUAUUGCCUAAACUACGAAAUUCCCAAAAUGAAGAGGCAUUGGAACAAUUAAAGAAAGGAAACAAUCUACAAAGGAGAGCGUCAAAAAGGUUUUCAGCUUAUCAAAUGGCGAAGUUAGCUAACCAAUCUACAACGGAGGCUGCUGCUGCCGCAGCUUUAGCAUCAGUGGAUAACCCUAUUCCUCAAUUAGCUGAAAGCAUGAACUCUUCAUGCAUCAAUUCAACCGCAAAUCCAGUCGAAGCAAUGUCUGAAACUGAUAAUCCUGAAACCAUAAAUAAGGCUGACGCGUCUCCCCAUAUGAAUAGUAACUCAGUUAAUGCACUACCAGUGAAUGCUAGUGGUGAUAAACCAGAUGGAGAUAUGGUGACACUAUUUCUUACUUUGAAAGAUAAAACGAAAAAAUGUAUUACAACGCUUCCUCGCAAUAUGAACUCUUUGAGAUUAUUAUUCGUCGAACGAUUCGCGUAUUCCCCUGGUGGUAAUGCUUUCCCUGAUAUUUAUAUGAAAGAUACACAACAUGAUAUAUUUUAUGAAUUGGACGAACAAAAUUUGAACGAUCUGAAGGAUGGAUCAAUUAUUAAACUUCUCCUCCCUUCCACUUCUUCACUUGAUAGCAGUUUGUCUACAAGUAGUAUGGAUGAAAUUAGGGUAUUUAUCAAGGAGGAGUUGGCAAGAAAUCAAAAAUGUUUGUUGGAUGCCUUACAGAAAAGUGACAAUGUACCAAGUAAAGAUUCUACGGGAGAAGUAAAAGCUGUUUCUGAAUCAUCGAGUAUAGCUCCCGUAUAUACUCGCGAGUUAGACAAUGCUAAAGGAAACAAAAUAAAACAUGACCUGGCGAUUAUUAAACAAAUACACAACGUCAACAGGAAUGAUUUUACGAAGGCAAUUGAAGACAUCCUAGAAAAAAUAACUAAAUUCAAAUCGAUGUCUUUUAAUACAAAAACUUCUGCAAACAGGGUAUAUAUGGAUAAAUCCCAGAACGAACUAGGUGAGGUAUCAGAUUCUUUGUUGAGUAGGGUAGAUGAUUUGCAAGAUAUUAUAGAAGUUAUAAGAAAAGAUGUUGCUGAUCGCGGUGCCAAACCUUCUAAGAAAAAGUUAGAAUCUGUUCAACAAGAACUACUAGAUGCGAACAACGAUAUGAAAAAAAUGGAGCAAUUUAUUGCUAUUGAAAAACCUCAUUGGAAGAAGAUCUGGGAAACUGAAUUGGAUAAAGUUUGUGAAGAACAGCAGUUCCUUACUCUACAAGAAGAAUUGGUUUUGGAUUUGAAAGAGGACUUGGGGAAAGCAUCCGAGACAUUUACUCUUAUCAAUUUAUGCUGUGAAGAACAAGAAAAAAAUCCCACCAGAACUAAGACAAACCCGAUACUCCCCAUUUUGAAGCCAGGCACCUUUACUGAAGUGAGAAACCAACUAUUAGUUGAUGUGCUCUCAAUAACGCCUGAUCACGAAAGCAGACUAGAAGCAAUCGGUAAGGCAGAGAAGUUAUGGCAGAAAGAAAGGGAAUACAGAGCUGGAGACGAGUUCCAGGAUGAACUAGGCGAUUUCGUUGAGAAAUCGGCUCUCAAGAAAUCUGGUGGGGUUGAAGAAGUUGAAAGAUUAAGAGAGCAAAAGAAUAGAGAAAAUUUACGUGCCAAUUUUAAUGGAAUGCUGUAA